GGUUAUGUUGUGGUUAAAUAAAUCAACAACAGGAUUAUUAUUGUCCUCACUGACCACUCGGUCCUUCCUGUAUAAUUUUCCUUGUAAUUAGUGAUUUAUGACAUUUACCUUGUGCAGCCUCGGUGAUAGUUCAAUCUAAAUGUAACCAUCAUUUUAUAGGCUCUUCGUAUGAUGUCAGCAAUAGUACCAGGGGUACAUAAUCUGUCAGAAGUAACUCCAGAAUAUGAUCAUGCAGCAGACAGGAAAAAAUUACAAGAGGACUUGUUAGCUGCUGCUAAAAAAUGCCAUCUUCGAUAUGGCGGCAAAGCAGAAUUAGCUACCGAUUCUGAUGCAUGUGUCACUCAACUCUGUUGUAUGUUCGAGCUGAUUUUUAAUCAUGGAUUACGUGCCAAUAAAGUUGAUAAAUUGAAUUCUGCAUUGAGACAUGUUUCUGAUUUAGUUUCUGGUGGCUUGUAUAAAUCUGGUUCAAGUUCAGAAGCCACAUUCUGGCCAUGCAUAAAGGAACAAUUGACUUGGCAUGAACAAGAACGCUUCAGUGUGUUAAGGAAAGUUCGAACUGAUUUAGGACGUGGUCGAGCCUGGCUUAGAGCUGCACUGAAUGAAAGAUCCUUGGAGAGGCAUUUGCAAACUGUUAUUGAUCCCAAUACUUUGUCACCUCUGUACGAAGAAUGGGCAUUUCUACUUGACCAGGAGAGGUCCUCUGUCCUACCCAAUGUGGCUGCUGGUCUAGGAACUAUUUUGUUUGCAAUAAAAAUAGACAACGAAGCCCUUGAUGAUCGAUCUAGAGAAGGACAACUUUCUGGUUGCAGUGUGACACAAUCUGAACCAAUCAUUCCCACAGUUCUUCCAGAUUCUUCAAAAAUCGAUCACGAGAAGCGUAAGAAGAAAGUUCCCACUCACAUAGUAUCAUUUGAUGACGAUGAUGAUGACGUUAACAGUGUGAGUCAAAUUGCGUCAUUGAAUGUGUCCGUCAGUGCACCACCGACGUGUCUCAAUUCACCAACCAUGGCAACUGUCAAGGACCAUGCUUUAGAGACUCAGCCAGAUUCUGAUGGUUCUACUGUCGACCAGAAUGCUACUAAGUCCGAAUGGCAAAGCGAGCCUAUAGAAGAGGAGCGAGUACUGACUCCGUUAACUGAUGUUGGAAGCAUGGGAGGACUCGUUCCGGUCUCACCUAUUGAGCAGCCAAAUCUCGAUGAAUUGCUCGCCACACCUCCAAGCUAUUCCGAUGAUGCACAUGAGAUAACAGAGGCUGCAGUCGAAGCCGUCGAACCACUUAAUGGCUUGGAGAUACAUAAAGAUGUAGAUAGCUUAGACAUUGAAAGUUUACGUGUUCGGAUCAUGGCUUUUGCCGAACUACUUGAACAAGCUAAAGAGGAUGCCGUCUGCAGUAGAUUGCAGCUCGCUCGAUUCCAGAGACAACAUCAGGAUCAAGCUGAAAGGCAUGAUUUACAGUUGCAAGCAUUGCAUAGGGAAAAUCAAUUGCUGAGACAACAGUUGCGGAAGUACGUUACAGCAGUACAAAUGCUCCGACGAGAUUCAGACUCCACUACUGUAUCAGAAGAAGAUCAUUCGUUAGAUUAUCACCACGAGGCACAGCAAUAUCAAGAUAAACUAGUUCAAGUGGCUGAAAUGCACGCCGAACUAAUGGAGUUCAAUGCAAGACUCACUAUGCAAUUAACAAACAGGGAUAGGUUGGUCAAGCUUCUCCAGGCAGAGUUGGAAUGUCUGCGAGGACCACUUAGCGAAGACGGUUUACCUAGUGAACCACCGUGCCUCAUACAUAUAUGGGUUCCAUCGGCUUUUCUGACUGGGCAAUCAUCGGAUAUUCAUCAUGUUUAUCAGAUUUAUGUGCGUAUCAGAGACACUGAAUGGAAUAUCUACAGACGGUAUGCUCAGUUUUACACGCUCCAUAAAGAGCUAAAGAAACAUGACGCUAUCGUUACAACUUUUGAAUUCCCUCCGAAAAAGACAAUAGGAAAUAAGGAUGCCAAGUUUGUGGAAGAGCGGCGUCAAAGGCUACAGCAAUGGUUGAGAAGAGUUGUCGGCCGAUUAGCUCAAUGUUCCCCAGCAUUUGCAGCCAGACCAAGCAGGCAAACUCUUGUAUCGUUGAUGCCUUUUUUUGGUGAUCUACCUAACCACGACGAUUCAAGAAAAAAAGGAAAUUCAACGAGAAACACGUUUUCAUCUUCACCUCAGUAUACAGGACUAUAGUCAAGAAGUUUACCUAGCUAAUUUGUACAUACAUAUAUAUAUAUAUAUAUACUCAUAUACCUUAUACAUUUACAGAAUGGAUGGUUCAAAGUCAUAUCUGUUACUGUACGUAUUAAAAAAAAUGAGUAAAAGCUGGUCUUUUAUACAAAGUUGAAAUCAACGAUACUUCUAAUAGUUUUAUGAAGAAAGUAUGCAAUAGAAAUGAAUCUGCUAUAUGCUUCAUCUCACAUUCAGAUGAAAAUCUAGGGAAGCAAGGCGUCGCAACAUUUGUGAAAAAAAUGAAUUUCAGCUAAAUUCCAAAUUUUAAGGGGUUGAAAAACAAGUUUUUUUGUUACUUUUGAAUCAUUUUCAUAUAUUUUGACCGAACAUAAAAUGGUAUUGCUAUCAUUUGACACAAUGCUAUUCCAUUGAAAUUCUAAUUCUCGAAUUUAAGCGAGCAAUGACGAAGAUCUUAGACCGUAACUCACGAUGACAGUUAAUAAUUUAGGGGUGAAACGAUGAAAAUGGUAGGAUUGUAGGAUCAAAGUAGAUGACGAUGUAGCGAGACACAAAUAACGGGGUCUUGAAGAGAAAGACAAAAAUAAAAAGAAUAAACAACAUUGCUUGAAAUUGUUGACAGAUCGAAAAUUGGCAUGACAUUGGUCAAUUUUCAUUCAAUUGAUUUUUUUAAUUUUUUUUUGUUGUGUUUAUUUUCUUUUCUUUAUGUAAGGCGACUUAACAGUAAUAUAAAAAGGUACACUUUUUCAUUUAUACUUUAUGAUAAAAAUAAAAGUGCAUAUUGUUAUUAUUAUUGGAACAAGUACAUACAUCGUUAUGCUGAUAAAUAAUAAUAAAACUAAUUGUAUAUAAGAACCAUACAUUAACAUGUUGCGCAGAAAGGUCUCACUAUGGAGAGGUAAGGUCAAACGUUGCUUCUGAGAUCAAAGUUACUACAUAUUCGUUACCUGCAAAAUUAUAUCAAAAUGAGUUUUGUGACCAGUGAAUCUAUCCUUUCACGUAUUGUCCAUCAUAGAUACGUUCCACAAGUAGGUAAAUGAAGCAAUGAGAGAAAUUAUUGUUAAUGUUAUAAGUAAAUGAAUCAAACUAAUCUCACCUUUCCAUAUUGAGAUUGAAGGUUGCGUAGAAUAUAAUACCAAUGUAUAUUAUCAUUAUAACUAAUAUUAUUACUAUUAAUUAUUAUUAAUUAUUAUUAUUUAUAACUAUUGAAUAGAAAAAAAGUUUUUCUUUAAGGCUAUGAACUAUGUUGCAUCACGAUUUUUGCGUCGGUAUAUGAAAGUUUGUUGGGCACGUUUAAUGGUGUUGUAAUAUAUUUUUGUUAAUUUCUUCAACGGUGGCGCCUAGUUAAACUUAAAUUAUCAUGUCUAAAGAAACGAGUAAAAAGAAAGAUAAAACUAUAGUACAGGUAUGCAUUAUUUUUAUCAUCAUAAUAUGCCAAAUUUAGAAAAAAAUUAUUAAAAAAAUUCAUAAUAGAAAAUAAUAAUAGAUAAUAGAUGAAGGCUUCAUUGGAAAGUGAGGAAUACGAAAGAGUAUUUUUUAUUAGGUAUGGCGGGCUUAUACUUGAUAUACAUAGGUAUACAUAUACUUGCAUGAAUCCAUCCGCUGCAUGUAGGUAUAUGUAUGUAUGUAAUUGGGAAUAUAGAUAUAAAGACAAAUUAGAAACCUAUUUCUGCUAUAUAAAAGAGGAAGUUAUAAAAUACCCGCAGAUCUACUUAUAAUACAUGGUACAGAAUGUAAAAAUUAGUUAUUUUCGUUUUAAAUACUGUAUGUUAUCAAUAUUAUACCUAUGCAUUACUUUCUCCUCAAAGGGUUUCUUUGUUUUAUUUUUUCUUAAUUUUGCUUGUUUUUCUCAUUUAUUGAUUACAUGUUAAGUUUUUUCCCUAACUGGUGACAUUUUCUCUGCCUACAUUGAAUGAAAUUUAGUGGCUAAGCUGUCUCAAGUCUAUCUUCACUUUCCAUAAAUUGCAGGUACUUCAAAUAAACUGGUCAAUUAAAAAUCUAGUAAUUUACUAUCUGUAUCAAAGCCGUUGUACAAUACUGCUAGAAAUUUAUGUUUCUGUGAUUCAUCGUAUGAUAUCAAGCAGCAUGCGCGGAGGGAUUUACGCAAACUAUUAUGACACGUAAAUACAACAAAGAGGUAUGAAAAAGAUCAAUCGAUUUGAAAACAUUAUUAAGGUAAAGAUCUGUCCUCAGUGUAAUAUUUUGCUAUGCAAGAAAAACUGUAUUUGAUUCAUUUAUACUAUCUUGAAUGAAAUUUGGAAAACUGUUCCACCAAAAUUAACUUAAUAGUAUUUAUUAGAUGUUAUGAUUAAUAAAUGCAAAUGUAUAAACUA